CUGGCCCGGCCCGUUUGGCCGCUGAAACCCCCAAAGCGAUCCCCGUCUUCCUCCUCACUGCCGCUAAACCCAACCUACCCACCGCCGCCUGCCGCCUAGGGUUCCGCCCCCAUGACCGUCCCCGAGCCGGAGAUGCCGGCGUCGGCGCGCAGGCGUUUGUUCCUCGCCAGGUUCGACGCGCUCAUCUUCCUGCAUUGCGGGCUGCUCUGGGUUCUCUGCGCGGUGUACCUCGCCUUGGUCAUCGCGCGUCUUGCCCUGGGUCAGCUCGAGAUUCCCCCCGCGCUCUGGGCGGCGUCCUGGGUCUGCGCCUACAUCGUUCUGUGUCUCACCCCCGUUUCCACGUUCCUCGUCGGCGCGCGCUCCUCGCGCUCCUUGCGCUCCCCGUACGACACCACCGACGCCAACAAGGACCCUGCCAUGAUUGGAGUCCUCGUUUCGGCCGCCUUCAUGCUGCUCGCAAUUGAUUAUGAUAAGGUGGUGGGUCUGUUGGGUGUGGAAGGAUGUCAGAGGGAACGGAUUGGUUCAAUAGUGAGGGAUGUGGGGUUAAUGGGUGGUAUUGCAACAUGUUGUUUCGUCACCUUACCCACUAUGAUACUGAGGCAGUGGAGGAUGAAGAUGAAGUAGAGGGUUAUGUGGUUGUGUUGUUGAGAUCCAUACGGAGAUAUCAUCAGCGGAAACCUAGAAUGCAUUGUCCAUGUUCAGUCGUUGCCAUGAUUAUUAUGACCGGGAAGCUUUGAAUUUAUCAUUCAAAACCCACCGUAAGUGAUAGGCCUCAAAUUUCAAAGGGCUGGGUUCUGGGGUAUCUCUUAUUUAAUUGCACUAGUUAUUUAUCUGCCUGUUUAUCUGUUACAUAUAAAUUUAUUGUCUUAUUUUAUCUGCCUAUUUAUCUGUUUCAUAAAAUUGAUUCUUAUUUUAGUCAAGAUAGCAAAUAGAAAUUUAAUUUGAUUAUUCCAGUAAACUAUGAUGGUAUUAUUAUAGAACAGAUCUUCAUUUAAUUCACAGCUAAUAUAUACUUGCAUGUGGUGUUGUGCCAUGACAUUUUUAUCGAAGUGCAUUCACACAUGUUGAUGUUCUAGUAAGAUUUUUGUCUCUUUCUUUAUCCUCAAAGUAACUUGUUUCGCAAGUGCAAUCUUUAGCAAGUAUUUUUGAUAGUUUAUAUGAUUAUCUGUGAAUUAUAUUGCGGAAGUGCUCUUCUGUGCACGAGCACCGGUGCGCAUGGUAUCGCUGUCCUUUUGCCUUGAGAUUGACAGCCCAGGACGUAUAGGCCCAUGUGGGGAUUCUUGCCUUCCAGCACUUAUCACGUCGCCCGGCGCACAUAUCUGACCCUUGACGCUUAAUGCCGGCGUCCGCAGCGGUUGAUGGACGUCCACUGCAGACACACCUAGAUAAUGCAGUGGCUCCAUCAGAAUUUCCCUGCUGUUCACCUCCUCCAGCACCGUCACUCUGCACAACCAUAUGAGUUAUGGGUGGAUUGAUACUAGGACCGAUAAGCACAGCCAAGUAUACAGCAUGCCCAAAAAGAUUAAGUGAGUAACCUUUGAAUCGGCUGCAUCAGGAACUCCAUGUUCACCUUCGGUGUAAGCGUGCCUCUCCGCCUGCCGCCUGAACCUAAUCUACAACGCGCCCGCAAUUGGUACUCGAAAAAUGCAGCCGCCGAAGGUAGGAUAUGAUCCCAACUACCAACCAUUAUCCCUUUGUUUUUUUAGCACCUACCAACCAUUCUCCCAUUUACUCCAUCUCUGUCCCCCAUUGAACGGAAAGUGUGUUUGCUGAUCCAUGGAUCAGGAAAGCAACAGACGUCAUGAGCCACGGUCCAGGGAAUCAAAACUUAUCCCUAAUGUGGGUACUAUCUCAUUGUCACCUGGGCUCUCUGCAAAACCAUAGAUUGCUUUCUCUAAUGCACUGAUGCGGCCAGGACAGGGUGUCCUCCCUGGUGCAGCAGCCCUGAUCCUCACCCUGCAUGGAAGAGCGCUCAUGAGCAAAUUCUCGAACUAGCAUGCUACCUAGAAUCUAGUGAUCACAUCGUUUAACCGAUUACAUACUAUCUCUCUACCACGGUACCGGAGCACACACAUCAUUCCUGCCAUAACUAAAUUUUGUCCCAUAUUCAUUCCUUUUUUUGAUGCAAUUUUUUUUCAAUUGACAUUCUACACUGCUUUUGUCUUGUGGCAUAGGUUAUACCAUUAUUUCAUACAACAAUAGCUACCAAAACCAAUUCCAUUUGCAGGACAUGUAACUUAACAUUCAGGGUGUAACACUCCCCCGUCAAUAUAUAUCUUAUAGCUCUGAAUCUGAAAUAUAGCUACACCAGCUGCCAGUGGUUGCAAUAUAUCUAUGAAUCUGAAAUCCAGCAUCAGAACACUGCAAUACUACAACUGUAGCACUAACCAUUCCUUCGCAUCAACGCUGGAGUUUUUGGGUCAAUCUGAUCAAUAGAAUGCUCAGACUCUUGUGGCUGUUCGGCUCCUUGGGCAGGCACCUCUGCGGUACAGAUCUGGCCAUCUGCACUCACUGCAUCUAUGGGUGUCAGGAGAUCUCCGGUUGGCUGCACCACAGGGUAGUGUAGCGGCACCAUGCCGACGUUGUUCUCGUUGACCUCCACCCCCGUGGUCCUGCUCCACCAAAUCUUGUAUGAUGCGAAAGAUUGGAUAGAAACGGCUCCGUAAAUCAAUGGAUUUCACAUGCCUAAAUCAGCACCUCUUAAUCGGCUGUAACAAGAACUCCAUUUCCUUGCGCCGUUUGAGUAUUUCUCGAGCAACAACUCCGCUGUGCAGCCAGACGUCCCUACAGCAUUUACUACUAAGCAGAGCCAGAUGACGUAAAGCAUGUUUUUUGAUCCACGGAUCACAACGGAAUUGAUGUCCCGAGCCACGGCUUGAGUAUCCCGCGGCUCAUGGUGACUUCUUCCCGUCACAUGUCCUGGCCCACGUAGCCCAUAUGUCUCUCCUGUAUUCCGGGUUUUACUUAUUUAUGGGCGAACUCCAACAGGGCACAGGAAUUUAAUGCACCGAACCCCAAAAAUCGAACCAGCAGCACAGAUAACGAGCUCACGAGCUCACGUGUGCUCGAGACUAGAACAACUGCGUCCAUUAUAUUGGUGUUUCUUGUGCAAUAAAACUGAAGAAUACUACUGUCGGGGAGUCGAUUCCAUAAUGACAAAUGC